UGUUUGUCGAUUCGUCACUCUUGGUGCAUGCCUAUUCACUCUAUUCACCUGCUAAUGGCCCUGCUUAUUGUCUGAUUUUUCUGCCCUGCUGCCCCACUCUUGCCUCGCUGCUCAGGUAUAAAAUCUCUUCUCCCGUUCCCUCUUUUGCUCCCACUCUCUUCUCUCCGUCCCACUUUCUUCUCUUGCUUCUGCCCUCCACAACCCGGCAAAGGAAAACUUCUCUCUUCUCUACCGACCACCGACCGCCCACCACCAUCGCGUCUUGCUGUUUAACAGAAUGGGUCGUGGUCUAAGAAUGUCGGCUAACCAGUCUGCCGUCGCCCUCAGUGGCUCAACUGAGGAUGCCGAGCUUCUUCAGGAUUCACGAAUGGAGCUCGACUUCCCCGCCUCCGGCACUGAAGCUGCCGUCGACGGCCAGUCGUUGCAAUUGUAAGUCUCUCGAUCACACGCCUUCGCCAUUGUGGUGCCCAGCCUCAGUCUGCCACAAACACAUUUGUCUCUACACCUAUCCGUUCUGCUGCGCCAUGAGUCUGGCGCACAGCUGCCACACCGGAUCUCAACCUCGUGGCCUGACCGGGCUUGCUUGCCGGCUAUGGAUACGGGGAUGAUUUCUGACGACACUGACACGGCAGAAGAUUUCCAGAAGCCCAGCAAGAAUAUAAGCGCCUGAGAGCCGUCAAUGAUUUUCAAGCCACUUACAACUGAUCAAACUCGACUUUUUUUUAAAUCAGAUUCAGAUUGACGUUCAUUUGCAAAUGCCGGCAACACAAAUCAUGGACUCCACCUAUUGCAAUAGGUACAAAGGCUAGCCCCCCGUUUUGGAUCGGUUGGCCUCGGCGGUAAUAACCUGGUUUAUGGCGUUAGAAUUUUUUGUCUUGUGGCUGUUCACGUAUUGGAUAGUUUAUUGCUAAGUUACUCCUCCGUCUAGUCUGUGGAAUAGCAUGCUGCCGUUUAACAAACGUAUAGUUAUGACUCAGGCGGUUGUAUAGUGAUAGCUCUAACCAAAAGCACGGCGCUUUCAAUGGCGCGUUCGGUAUUCUUUCAUAUUUGUAUAUCUUAAGAGUUGAAUGAGUAAUAUGUGAAGAUGAGGUGUACAAGUUGUUAGGUGCAAAAGCAAAAGAAGAAACAAAGAAAUGUACUUUUGGUACGAAAUGAGUCAAGACGGUGUUGCAUUCUAGAUACAAACAGUCCAUGUCCGGAGAGAAGUCCGGUUGUUGCGAUGGAUCUGUUUACCUCGAGAAUCCUGGCCUGCUGAAACCUGCGAGAGACCGUUACUUCCGCCAAGCACCGUCGACAAGCUUUUUCACCCCAGAAUCAAAAUGCCCGCAUACCCGACCCCCUGCCUGGUGAUUAUAUGGAAAUCGCAACUGUUGCGGCAGCAUACAGCGACCCCGUGCCAGUGCUUCGUGGAUCACAUAUGGCAAAAUAUCUUUCCCCACUUUUUCGAUGAAGACAAUGGCUUUUCGUAGGGGUAUCAGCUACCACCAUGUGCCGGCUCCCUAGAACGAUAGGACUGCAAGGUCCAAAUUUUGACAACUCUUCCAGGUGGUGAACGAAAACUUCAGCCCGUUUUCAUUAUUGAAGACAAGAAGAUUGGCGGCGGUGUUGAGGCUUGGGACAAAACUAAGAGACAGUUGCGGGAUUAGUGGAGCAAG